AUGAAGUUCAUUGAUGAAUUGGAUGUAGAACGAGUCAAUCAAACACUGAACUUUGAGACGAAUGAUUGCAAGAUAUUGGGCGCAUGUGAUAUAUUCACAACAAAACCUGUAGCCUCUGAUAAGAAGCUGUAUAAGACAAUAGAUCAUCAUUUGGAAUCGUUAUUGCAAGAGAAUGAAGGAUAUAAUGCUGCGCUACAACAGCAAGCUAUAUUGGACUCAAAUGGUUCCUUAUCGGGGACAUUAUCGGAUAAUCACUCAAAUGACUUCAAUUCGUUCUGGGAACAAAAGAGGCGGAUGUCUGUUAGUGAAAACCAAGGCAAUAGUGGCCCUAAUAACAGCUUAAAUGGAGUGGCUUUCAAAAGCAAUAAACUAAAUGAUCAGAACUUGAAGGAGCUGGUUCACCACGGCGACUCUGGAUACCUUAGCUCUUCAUCUACAGAAUCAUCCAGUCGUGUCAAAGGCAAGAUUAGAAGGACCAGCAGUGCAAAUAGCUUCCAGGGUAGCAGGUCAUCUCUUGGAAGGAGAAGAUCUUCCGCUUACGAGAGCAAUAUAAACAUAGGUCCAUUUGGGCCCAUCAAUGAGACGGCGAGCCGGAGAACAUUUGCAUACUUGAUUGCUAUUUUGAAUGCUUCGUAUCCAGACCAUGAUUUUUCGUCUUUGGAACCUACCGAUUUUAUUAAGGUUUCGCUCAAAUCCAUGAUAUCAAAAUUCGAGAACUCAUUAUAUUCUCUGGGGAAACAACCUGAAGCAUGGAUGUGGGAGGUGAUAAAUUCCCACAUGGACAUGUCAGAUUGUGUGAUUUACCAAUAUUCUCCGGCAAAAUCUUUUAUGGAUGACGAGCCCGGCCACCUCUGGAGUCUCAAGUGGUUUUUAUUCAAUAAGAAGAGAAAGCGUGUGGCCUAUUUGUAUCUGACCUGCCUAAGAUUAAAGCGCUCUUCUAGCGAUAGUAUCAAUGAUGACGAGGAUAAAGAUGCUCCUCAAGCAAAGAAUAAAAGAAGAUUUACAAUAGAAGAUGACAUCAGUCGAUUUGAAGGCGAAUACGACUUGACUUAUGACGAAAACGCUAUCGAAGACGAUGAAGACCAUGUCAUUGAGAGUGAGAAGUAG